AAACAAGAACUGCUGGAUAUAGUGAAAAAAGCAAAAUGGAGCAAUGGGAAGCACUAGUGCAGCAGUACCCAAAUACGCAAGACCUAAGAACCUUCACAAACACACUUGUGAAGGCUAAACCCAUGGUUAAAGAGGACUUAGCACCAUUUGAAAUAAAUUGGUUUAUAAACUCCUUGCUAUAUAAACCAGUGGAGCUACUUACAACAAUAUCAUCACAGCGUAAGGUCGAGACAUGGGGAAAAUUACUUGAAGGUGCUUUUAAGCUCCUGACUGAUAUUGUCACCAAGUUCGGAGAUUCUGUAGAACAGCACUAUGAAGACAUUGUUCAGGUUUGCAAGCUGGAAUACCCACCUAAGACCGCCAACCAAGCGCUGACGUGCUUGGCUCAGGUGGCGCGGCGCUCGGCGCUGGGUGCGAGGGAUGCAGAGCGGUUCAUUGAACAGCUGUUAAUUUCGAAAAAUUCUAAGACGCAACUUGCUUUGCUUAUAGGUACUAUAUGCGAGUACCACCCUGAUCAGGUCGAAAAUAAUAUUGAAACCAUACUUAGAACAUUUUAAGCUCUAAUGUACUCUAUGGCGACAGAAAUUCUCAUCAAGUGAUGUGCAGUGCGUUGCAAGGCUUGACUGGACUAUUCAAGAACUUUGGUGAGGACCUGCCCACAAGUGAUCUCAUACUGCUCUAUGAUAAGUUAACUAAGGAACUUAUACUCAGACCCAAGUGUGAUAAAGUGGUGCUGGGCAUCCUGAGUGCGCACGCGCCGCUUUUCGCGGAGCGCCUGCUCGACGACGCGGCGCUGCGGCGCGCGCUGUGGCGACAGCUCGCGGCCGACAACGACGCCGCCAUCGCCGCCGCACUGCGAGGCAUUUACAACGCAAUCUUUCAAAUGCCGGGACAGACUAACGAACUA